AUGAGCGGACGAGUCCUCGCUGCAGGGCUCCGGCCUGUGGCUCGGCGUGCGGCUAUUCACCCUGCUCGACAUCUACAUCGUCAUUCUACGGGCGGACUCCUCCAGGCCGAUGCAACGAUACGAGCGACUCGGAAGCGUAUGUGGUACGGUGGCAACGCUUUUCACAAUGCCGUCACCGCUAGGAAUGUCUCGUUUGCGAGAUUCUUGCCCAAGCUCAUGGUCAAGUUUCUCAGAGUGCCAGCAAUGUUUGGCGGCGUAGCUAUCGGUGCUUUCGCUUGGGUUCAAUAUCAAGCUGCUCAGGCCGGUACCUUCGCCAUCAACCUCUUCAACACGACCACCGAUACGGUCACCGGUGCUGCCUCGAGCCUCUUCGGCGGCGCCAAGGAUAUUGCUGAGCAGAUUCAUCAGGGCUGGGAAAAUACAAAAGAACAGGCUGAAUUACCCGAUUGGGUCAAACAAGUUCUUCGACUUCAUGAAGAUAUCGGCACCGGUGGAUCCGGCGGCUCAGGCGGUGGCGGUGACCCAAAGCAGAGCAGAGUUGGUGCCGCAGCUGUCGCCGGCGCUUCAGCUGCCGCCUAUGGAUAUGAGAAGUCAAACACCGAUGAUCCUCGUGAUGGCGAAGAGGCGGCCAAGGACGACCAGAUGAUGAUUCUGACCAAGAAAAUGAUCGAGAUUCGAAGCAUAUUACAGAAGAUUGGGCAGUCGAGCACCCUGACCCUUCCCUCGAUCGUCGUCAUUGGCUCUCAGUCAUCCGGAAAGAGUUCUGUUCUGGAAGCAAUUGUUGGUCACGAAUUUCUUCCCAAGGGCUCAAACAUGGUCACACGACGACCUAUUGAGCUGACUCUCGUCAACACUCCAUCUUCCAAGGAGGAGUAUGGCGAAUUCCCCGAUCUCGGCCUACGACGCAUCACAGACUUCUCAUCUAUUCAGAGGACAUUGACCGAACUCAACCUUGCCGUCCCCGACACCGAGUGUGUCUCUGAUGACCCAAUUCAUCUCACCAUCUAUUCCCCCAACGUUCCUGACCUGUCACUCAUUGACCUGCCUGGUUACAUUCAAGUUGUCGGACAAAACCAGCCGUUGCAAUUGAAGCAAAAAAUUACUGAGCUCUGCGACAAGUACAUUCAGCCCCCCAAUGUGAUCCUCGCCAUCUCGGCCGCCGAUGUGGACCUGGCGAACUCGACUGCUCUGCGAGCAUCCCGCAGAGUUGAUCCUCGAGGCGAGCGAACCAUUGGUGUUGUCACAAAGAUGGAUCUGGUUGACCCUGUACGUGGUGCUGCCAUUCUCAACGACCAGCAGUACCCCUUGAGGCUGGGCUACGUUGGUGUUGUGCCCAAGGCUCCGCAAAGCCAGGGUCUGUUCAAGAUCGGCUCUACAAACCUUCUCUCCGACAUUGUCCGGAACGAGAAUGCCUUCUUCUCGUCUCAUCCCAUGGAGUUUGGCCCCGAAGCCGGCGUAAAUGUGGGAACCACAACGCUGCGCAAGAAGCUCAUGCAUGUUCUGGAGCAGACCAUGUCUUCUAGCCUGCAGGGCACAAGCGACGCUAUCCGACAAGAGCUGGAGGAGGCUACCUACGAGUUCAAGGUGCAAUACAACGAUCGCCCACUCUCAGCUGAGUCGUACCUCGCUGAAAGCCUCGACGCCUUCAAGCACUCGUUCAAGCAGUUCGCAGAAGAAUUCGGCCGACCUCAAAUGCAUGAGCUCUUGAAGCAGGAGUUGGACCAAAAGGUUCUUGACUUGCUUGCAGCUAGGUACUGGAAUAAGCCUAUCGAUGAUCUGUCGUUGGCCAAGCCUGACCUCGACAACCUGGCGGAUCUUCCCAAGGCUGAUCCCGACUCCCUUUACUGGCACCGACAGCUCGAUGCGUCCACCUCCGCACUUACGAAGCUCGGCGUUGGACGUCUGGCGACGACAGCUGUUGCAUCUUCGAUCCAGGCACAUAUUGAUUCCCUCAUCGCCCACUCCAGCUUUUCCACCCAUCCCUUCGCUCGCCAGGCCAUCAUGGAAGCUGCCUCUACCAUCCUCAAUGAGCGGUUCUACAGCACAAGUGAUCAGGUGGAGAACUGUAUCAAGCCAUACAAGUUUGAGAUUGAACUUGAGGACAGAGAAUGGGCCAAGGGACGAGACCACGUCGGUGGUGUUCUCAAGAAGGAGCUACAGGACUGCGAGGCAGCCAUGAAGCGACUCGAGGACACUGUCGGUGGACGACGAAAGCUGAAGGAGGUCAUUGCCUUUGUCGACAAGGCUCGAAAGGGCGAGAUUGUGGUGGAGGGUGAUGGACGAAGCGGCGCUGGCGGCUUCAGUGCAGCUCUUCUGGGCAAGGGACGUGAGGCUGUCUUCCUUCGUGACAGAGCCGACAUCAUCAAGAUGCGUCUGCUUGCAGUCAAGUCCAAGCAGUGCGCCAACCUCAAGAACAAGUACUACUGCCCCGAGGUCUUCCUCGAUGCUGCCGCUACCAAGCUGGCCUCCACUGCGGUCCUCUUCCUUAACGUUGAGCUCCUCUCCGAGUUCUACUACAACUUCCCCCGUGAGCUGGACCUCCGCCUCGGCCGCCACCUGUCCCAGGAGCAGAUCGAGAAGUUUGCCAAGGAGGACCCCAAGAUCCGCCGACAUCUCGAGGUCAUCCGCCGCAAGGAGCUGCUUGAGCUGGUCCUCGAGAAGAUGGAGAGCCUGCGGCAGCUCGACGGCCGCGGCGACCGUGACCGCAUGACCAGGAGGGAUUCUGGAAAGCAGCGUGGUCGCUGGGGUCUAUUCUAA